UCCUCUCGCCACCGCUCACGUGAAAGCGAGUUCAUUCUACUCGUGUCUGCGUCAGCAAGUGACAAACACUUUCUACAGGUAUCUAUUAGAUGUUCCAAUCCCUCGGAAAAUGUAUUGAGACAAAUGAUACGACUGAGAAGUCGAACAAGGAUUUCAAUAUGCAAAAGCCCUGCACAUCGCAAGAUAGUCCUUUGACAUAUCGCCGGAACAUCCCUGCUCAGUGAAAUAAAGCAAAGCGCUGAAAACACUUGCGAAGAUUAGCUUGCCAAAUUAAGAUGUCCAGAAGAUCGCGUGGAGAUGGCGAACCCGGCGCGGUCCAGCGUUCAUACACGUCCGAACUCCGAGAGCAUGAGCCUUUGUUCCAGACCUAUGAGCAUCUGCACAAGCAAUCGCGAGGCGACACGGCUCUGCAAAUGCUUCGCAAGAUCGCGAGUCUGGUCAAACCGAUCAUGCGCAAGCGCAGCUGGCACGUACAGAUCCUCGCCGAGUUCCUGCCUAGCCAACAGAACCUAUUGGGCUUGAACGUCAACAAAGGCUACAAGAUAUGCCUACGCCUACGAUACCAUAACAACCCGGAUUUGUUUCUGCCGAUGGAGGAGAUCGUGGAUACUAUGCUACACGAGCUAUCGCACAUCAUUUGGGGUGACCAUGAUUCGCGAUUCCAUGCUCUAUGGGACGAGCUUCGUGACGAAUAUGAAGUCCUGGUCCGCAAAGGCUACACUGGCGAGGGCUUCCUAUCUGAGGGCAGACGGCUCGGCGGUGGCAGUGGCAUUGGCGGCAACAUUUUGGCAAACACUCGGAUGUCACCACAAGAGAUGCGACGACUCGCUCGUGUGAGCGCCGAGAAGCGCAAAGCGCAAGGUGCUCUGAGUGUUGGCUCGGGACGGAAGCUGGGAGGUUCAUCGCCAGCUCAGAACCGGCCGAAUGUCGAUAUCCGUGAUGUGAUUGUGGAUUCAAUCAUGCGCCGCAACAACAACAAUAAUGGAAUGAUGCAUGGCGGAUGUGCUUCUGGGAGCCGAGAUGCAGAGAAGAUCUCAGAUCAAGCGUCGACGCAGGCCUUCAAAACUCAAGCCGAAGAGGACGACGCCAACGACCGCGCUAUCGCUCAGGCUUUGUACGAACUCAUGGAGCAGGAGGAAAUGGAGAAAAUUGCACCUCAGAAACGCACGGGUAAAGAUGCGUCUUUUUCAGAUGUAUCAAAACCUUCUGGUACCGAUGGCCUUGCGUGGAAACCUGAAAAGGGCCUCUGUAAUGUUCAUGCUGAAGCAGGGAUCCAAGGCUUGGGUAGUGCCUCGACCGGGUCUCACAGCAGUCGUCACAAUGAGCCGAGCGAAGAGGAGCAGCUACGCUGGGCGAUGCAGCAGAGCUUAUCAUCGGCGCCCGAGAGGGGACAGACAGCAGUGAGCACUACUUGUAGAGACGACAAGAUGACAAUGCCACGUCCACCUCCGAUACCUAUGGCUUCUAAGCCGGCCCUGACGAGUCCUUCCAGAUCAAGCAUCACUCCCCCGCCGACGGCGAUGAAACGAAAACAACCUCCAUCACCGCGACCUCCUCCCGCCCGGUCUUUCGAUGUAAUCGACCUCACCGCCACAUCGCCAAUCAGCAACCAGGCAUCGUCACUCCCCGACAGUCGCGGUGGAGGGGAUCAUUGGACAUGCCAAAUCUGCACCUGUAUCAAUCCCGUGCAAUUCCUCGCAUGUGAUGCCUGCGGGAUCGAACGACCCAUCACUUCCCUCCCACAGACGAAUCCGAGCGGCAAGGGCAGUGGCACAGACAUCGAGUCUCGCAAGGGCAGUAAUGUUGUCCGUGGCGGCGGCGGAGGAGGCGCAAAGUCCGCGACGGGCCAACCAAAGCGCUCACAACUCAGCUCGGCGCGCGCCGCGGCAGCCAUCGUCGCACCCUUGUCGGACAGGAAGGAGCCGGGGUCGUUGGGAUGGAUCUGCUCGCGGUGUGGAGCGUUCAUGGAACAUCAGUGGUUCACCUGUUCGGCUUGUGGGAAGAUGAAGGAAAACGCCUGAGAGGCUGACGGCAUCUCCGCGACAAAGCUUCAUACUGUGUAUUUAUUUGUAUUGUGAUGAUCGAGAUGAGUGACGAGAAAACGAAUGAGGUUAUGAAAUUUAAGUUCGUCCAUGCAUUG